AUGAAACGAGCAGCCAGCCUCUCCCGAACUCUAACGCCAGAGCUCACCAAGAAGAUCAGAACGUCCUCUCCUGUCCACGAUGCGACAGUGGUCUUCGCGGAUCCGACCCAACUAGUCUACGUGACUGACCUCAGAAACUGUACAGAGGCCUCCGGGUACAUCCAAGGAAGAGUUAACAUGAAAUGGCCACAUUCGAAGAAGCAACAUAUACUCCUCGAUACUUUGGAGAGUGCCUUGGGCAACAAACGUGUCAAAGUGGACGUCUAUUUCCAGGCAAAGUGCGGGGAAAUCUUGGAAGAACGUGAUGCUCACAUUGAAGUGGGUGACGAGAUUGCGCUGAGUCUUCAGGGUGUGAUGAUAGAGGACAAAUCGCACAAGGGGCCGACAACGUCCUUCAAACUGACUCUGAGGUACUCAAGGGGAGCAGUAUUCAAAUUUGUGACACGCAGAAAUUCGGCGUCCUGCGGUACUGUGAACACUUGGGUUGCUCCAUCUGUCCCUGAAAAUUCAAGUUCGCAAGACUGGUUCGACGCCCCGCAAACACAUCACGAUACACUUGACCAAAAUCGUUCUCUGUUAGCUAAAAUUCCCGUGAUAGCUCCCAUGAACGAAGAUGACACGAGCCCUGCACCCAGCCCUCAACAUGAUAUCGGCCCUAUCUUAAUCAAGUCGGAACCUCGCGAGCCAAUCGUUGAAGAUGAUCCAGAACCAAGGACUGAUAACCAUACUAUACCGCCGUCUGCGAAACCCAAUCCCUCUAUCCAGUCCACUCUUGCUGAGGAGCCACCUGGUCCAACCAUGGUAGCGGUUCACCACACUGAACCUUUCCCUCCUCUUCCUCUUCCUCUUCCUCUUCCUCUUCCUCCUCCUCCUCCCGUCCAGGCUAAUGGGAUUGAUCCCCCACCCAAACUCUCCAAAAGACAAGAGAAACGUCUGAAGGAUAAGGAAAAGCGAAAGAUCUCACGCGCGGAAUAUGUUCGUUUGAAAAAAGCGUCUUUGACUGAAGGGGAACGCAUGCAACCUCCUCCAUCGGAAAUCGAAAAACACCGUGAUUCGCCCAAGCCUGCGAAGACAAUCGAACCAAGGCAGCCCGAUCCCAAGCUCGUACCGGUGGUUGAACCGGUAACGGCCCCGAUGCGGCCAAGGUCCCCCCUUGGUCCUCUUGCAUUGAAACCUGGGCGCAAAACUCGAUUUAUGACCUUCGCGUCAUUAUCGGAAGCUCGUAAUCUCUGCACCGUAGCAGGUGUCGUGGUAUCGGCCUCGACCCCCAACACAACAAACUCUGGAGACUUUCAUUGCACCCUUUGCAUAGUAGACCCAAGUAUAUGCAAGAUAGAGGACAAUACCUAUCGUGAUCCAUUGCGAUGCAGCACGAAAGUCAACUGCUUUAGCAAGAGUCACAUUGAUUGUUUGCCUUGUCCCCAAUUGGGCGAUGUGGUCAUUCUGAAGGAUGUCAAAUCCUCCGAUUGGAAUGGUAAAAUGAACUUGGUUGGGUAUAAUGAAAGGUUGCAAUGGACGAUAUAUUCCCAGGAUCGACGAGAGAUUUAUCUUGGUGAUGGCGCCGAGGCACAAAAGUCAGACCUACAGCGGAAAGGUGCGAUAUCGAUGCCCUUCCAUGAGGUCCGAGAUGGGGAAAUUCAGUACUGCGAGGAUCUGAUCGGAUGGUGGCAUGCCAUUGAGGAAGAACAGAAACGAUUCAACUCAAGUAUCAUACACCUUGGAGGUGAAGAGGCCCAGAAUGACCCACAGCCACUUGUGAAAACACCUCGUCCACACUGGCUUAUUAAGGAUAUACAACCUAACGGUUUUUCCAACGGCUACUUCGACGCGACCCUUGAGGUCGUAUAUUGUUUCAAACCCAACUUGGGGAAUUACUAUAUCCUCUUUGUCACCGACUAUACCUCUAACGAGGGGUUGGAGCCGUUUAAAAACGCUGGUGUUCACGCCUCGCUCUCCACGUCGGUUGCCAGAUUAGAGUGCUGGGACCAGGCGCGACUAAUAGCCACAGCCAUAAAUAUCGGCGAUUACAUUGCCAUCAGGAACGUGAGAUGUCGCAUUGACAAUCGUGGUUCAUACGAGCUCAAAGUCCAGGAGAAUAAAAUUCGCAUACUAAGGGAGGCCGAUGCCCGGCAUCAUACGGCCCUCGCCAAUCUAUUGGAGCGAAAGAAGGCCCACCAGGACAAACAUGGUUCCAACGACCCCUCUGAAAUCGAACACCGACAUAUUGAAGGCGCCGAAGACAACAAGUUCUUUAGCUCUGUUGUGGAGGUGCUUUACAUAGAGCCACUAACGCCGGAGAGCACAAAAGCGGUUUUAUAUGUGACCGAUUAUACACCUAAUCCGCUUCUGCAUGAGACGCUACUUCCCCAGCCCAUCCCGACAUCGUUAGGAGGGAGAGUGCUGAAACUGGUACUUUGCGACAACCAAGCUCAGGUAGCAAAACAAUUAAAGGACGGAGACACCGUGUCGUUACACAAAAUGCGAAUUACUAAGAGCUACGCUAACGGUAUGAGUGCUAUGCUCGGCGGGGAUGAAAGACUCGUCCACAGACUCUACCUCGGGAUCGAAAACCACAAGGCCUCCAUUGAGGGAUUGAACAAGAAUAAAGAGAACUGGAAACAGUGGGUGCAAAAAUCAUCCAUUGCUCCUCCACCAACCGGGCCCCCCGACAAGGCGCAACAUGUUCCACGAGAGCCACCGACUCCAACGACUCCGAAACAUGUGAUUGAGAUGUGCCCAGUGGACAAUAAUGAACUGCCCGAACCAGCACGAAAACCUUCAGUACAUUAUACGCCGAUCAAAGAGGUGAUGGAAGUUGAGGCAUGCCCCGCGAAGUUUCGCGUUUACGCUAGGAUAGCAGACUUCUUUCCCUCUGUUGAGGAUUGGGUGUAUCGAUCGUGCAAGAACUGCAAAAAAGACAUUCCUACCAAACCGAUGAAACGGCGAGCUUGCUUUGACUGCAACGAUGUUGACCACGAAUAUGUCGAGUUCAAGUACAGGUUUUGGCUCUCGUUCGAGGAUGAAAAGGGAUCGGAAGUCAUUGUCUCCGUAACUGACGAUUGCCCGAUGUUGGAUGGCCUUCCCCGUACAGACCUUGGUGAGGACAAAGCGGCCUAUCAAGCGGUACGCGACCACCUUAUUCCUUUUGGCGGAAAUGUUCAAACGUACAUCUCCGAUAAACUCGCCGGCAAAGAGACGAAACUACAGAGUCCGUUCCUGCUAUGUAUCCUCGUUUCCUGUAUGAAUAGCGAGAAUGAGAAGCUGUACAGCCUAGAGGAAUGUUCUCUCCCAUCAUGA